AUGAGUGCCGAUCAGUCUCCGCGUAAUCAAGAGCAGUAUGUCGACGAGGACAUCCUGGUGACGUCGCCUACGUCGUACGCACUACGUGAGUCCGUCCGUCUUUCUUCAUCCUCAGCCUCGACGGAAAUAAAUACACCGUCGCUGCGUGCCACGCAGAGUGUAGGCCGUAUGCCGCGUACCUCGUCUCGCAGCAGCAUGUUUACCCGGCCACCGCCACCGCCACCUCCACAACAUCCGCCACAUCUCUCUGCAGCACCGCAUAGCGACGAAAGCACGUUGAACGGAAUGCCUCGUCCCCUUUCUAAUCCAAAUCUAGACGCUAUGAAUGAUCAGAACGAGAGUAACGGGCACUUGGGCCACUCACUCGGUCCCAAGUCGACGUCUUACGGAGUCAACCAGCAGUUCAGUAACACGGUGGUGCCCUAUGCAGCCACGACGACCGCCAAUAGCUUCAAUCCUGUCAGUAGCUAUACUCCUACUACCUCGACCGGUUUUGGUGGUGGUAUUGACUUUAGUCAGACAGUGUCAGUGAACAGCCGUCGCUCCGUUUCAAGACGCAGCAUCUUCAGUCGUGAGACGUUCAUGCUUACGCGUGGUGAGAAGGAUUCGCGCAUGACGGUUCCGGAGGGAACUCCUACCGAGAUUAAGUGCGAAGGAUAUCUUACUAAGCGAGGACACUUGUUUACGAACUGGAAGACACGAUACUUUACUCUGCGUGGCAACGUGCUGGAGUAUUAUUCGAGCGAAGAAAAGGGCAAGAAAUACGGCGCCGUGACGGUCGAGAAAGUGGCCACGUGGUCGGGCGAAGCACACGGAUUUAUGUUCUACACUACAAAGCAGAUCCCUUAUUACGUGUACGCAUCGUCCGAGUCUGAGCGCUCGAGAUGGCUACGUGCGUUAAAGGAUUUCAUGGUGGAGACUGAAGAAGUGAGCUGUGAAGGAUACCUUACGAAACGUGGCCACUUGGUCCCGAGCCAGCGGAUGGCGUACUAUGUGUUGAACGGAACGUCGCUGCGCCAUUAUGCGGAUCAACAGGCAUACCGUGAAAAUCAAUUAGCGAUGGCAGACGUAGAAAUACGAUCUGUUUCGCCGUGGGACGGCGAGGCAAAUGGCCUUAUGUUCAUGACAGGCACCGGCAAUGUGUUUUACGUGAUUGCGGACACUCUUGGUGAGCAGCAGAAGUGGCUGGCAACGGUGAGAAAGUCGACAGCCAGUGUUCCAGAGCCGGUAUCAUGUGCCGGGUAUCUGACGAAGCAGGGCCACAAGCGUAAAAGCUGGAAGAAGCGCUAUUUCAUUCUGCGUGGAAAUUCGAUCUCGUACUAUUCUGAUUAUGACAUGGCAAACAAUACGAAGGGUAAACCCUUAGCUGAAGUUUUGGUUGAGGACGUGCAAAAGUGGGAUGGUGAACCAUUUGGUUUCAUGUUCAUGACUAAUGAGCAGGUGCCAUACUACGUGUACGCCGACAACGAUCGCGAGCGCAACAAGUGGAUGACCGCGUUGAACAAGCUGAAUGUUGUGGAAGAGGAACCAGAAAUCGAAAAGAAGCGGUGCGUAAACUGCAACGCAGUUCUUACUGGCUCUCGCUUCUGCGGAGCUUGUGGCUUUAAUUUACGCGGAACCACCUUGGGUGAUAGUUCUGCACGUGCAAAGUCUAUGAAUGGCGAGGAAGAUGACGACAUCGAUGGGCGUGACGACAUAGAUGACGAAACGACGCCGUUUGAUGAGCUUGAAGCGCUAUCUGAGGGUGCUAGAACACUGCUGCUUGCUGUGAUGCAGACGCCGGACGGCAUCGACGUAGGUGAAAGGGAAUACUCUAACCGUGUGGCGAGAGUUUCUUUACAGCAGGCACGGGAGCAGCCUGACGACAACAAUACUUCAGCUAAGUUUGAUCAGGACAUCGCGGACGCUCUUAGCGAAACGAAAGCCGAUAGGAAAUUGUCUCCAGCGUAUGUGGACCCGGACGACGAAGAUGCCAAGGUUGCUUUGUACGACGCAAAUUCGACACCUUCUUUACCAGUGCGACGACCAGUCGAAGAGUCCAGCAGUGAUGCGGAAUCUCCGACCUUGUCACCACACACCUCUCGAAAAGAAGCACCAUCACGAGAGGCAGCUUCGCCAAAUCCACCGAAGGCUAAGAAGGAAACGCUGAAGCCUAACUUCGGCAUUGUAGAGCCCGAGCGUAAAAGGAACAGCUUCACCUCAUUUAGUGACUCUGAAGAAGAGUCUAAGGCGGAGCCAAAGCCUUCUCCCGUGCCUGUUCGCACUUCAUCACGUUCUUCAGCAGGUUUACUCAUGGCUGGUAUGGGUCGCCGCAAAACAAUUGCAAUGCUAGCAAUGGAGUCGAGUAGUGAUGAGAGUGGAGAUGACACAGAGCUACCGACGCAGCCGCCCUCCGACGCGUACAACAAGGAUGAGAAUAAGCCAGUUAACUCAGAUACGGAUGAGGACAAAAAAACUGCCGACGAAGCCGAAGGUCACGAACGCAAGAGUUCUGCCGACUCGUUGGAGCUGGACACUCGUGGUAUUUCUGCCUUUGAUGAACCCGAAGAGCCACCGAAACUCAAGCAUCCUGUAAAUCCAUCGAUCCGGAUGAGCGAGCGCACUGACAAAAAAGAUAUUUACAACUUUAUGGAGAGGGAGCUAAACUUCACGCCUCAGUUUGUGCCAUCGGCUGAAUCUCCUGUACGCUGCCGAUUCUAUAGCUCGAUGGCGUACACAACAGCGAAGAAAGUCAUUUUGUUCUUGUCGGAUUCAGGCCCCCUUGGCCUUUGGAAGCAGGACCCGGAGAGCGCAAAGCUGACAAUCGAGCACAAGUGGUCUAUGACGCCGUACUUCACCCGUGCUCAAGAAGAGGGCUUUGGAAUUGUGGUGUGUAACCCGUUUUCCAAUACGGCUGUCGUGUAUGAGGCGGGAGGUUUUGAGCGCGAGGUUCCGAUUCCAAGCUCUUCUUCACCUAAAGAACAUGUUCUUUUUGUAUGGGAUCAGUUUAUUACGAAGUGCAAGGGCCAAGUAUCCAUCAUCGCGUACGCUCGCGGUGGUGCGCUUGUGAAGUCUAUUUUGAAGACGUACGAGCUGAGCGCGCGUGAAAAGAUCCACCGCGUUGCGCUGAUUGAGUCGAAGCACGAAAUUGAUCACAGCGAAUCCCCUGGCAUCUUGGAACUUCUUGGUCGUAGAUCAAUAAACUGGGAGGCGUCGUACGAGCCUCUUGGUGCUCAGAUCGUGGAUUCUCAAGCACGCGUGAAUUGUGUGUGCCUGUCCUUGGGCUUCAUGCCAUCUCAAGAAGCAGACAACACGCCGAAGACACUGGAGAAGGCUGAGGAUCCUGCGUUUGCAUUUAUUGGCGCCAAUCCGAGCCAAGCUGGCAUGACCGCCGUUGUCAAGCAUGUUCGAUCGGAACUGAGAAGACUGAAGACAGUUUCAAAGCCUGCUAGUCGUGCGCGGAGGCAGUCUAACAUAAUUGUGAUUGGCGAAACGGAUGGUGAUCGGUCGAGCGAUGUGUCCGAAGGCAAGAACGGAAACAAAACCAGUGGUAAUGACACUGAUGAUGAUAGCAAGAUCAAGGCUACGUACUAUCUUCCGAAACCAGUGCCGAAGCCCAAGCGUAAUUCCGGCUCUAGUGGCUCGAGUAGUGAUAAGCAGCAGCGCACACAAGUCUCCGACAAGGACUUCGAGUUGAUGAAAGUUGUUGGCCAGGGGGUUUCGGAAAGGUGUUUUUGUGCCGCAAAGUUACACCACCACGGCAAGGCGAGCAUUACGCUAUGA